UCAAAUGCGCUCCAAGUGCCUCUCCGACGCUCACUUGGAAGACCACCGCCUAAAGAUUGCUGGGAGCCAUUACUUUUCCUCAAGCGUGUUGACAAACAAGCGCUAGCCAUCAGCCAAGUCAGUUUGAGUGCGACAUCGUUGUUAAAAGUUCAUUGCGCUGACGCGGUACACUAACGUGCAAACCGAAAAAUUGUUUGUUAUUUCCCAAAAGUUAUACGAAUGAUUUCAUAAAUUAACAUUUUGAUCAGUGAAACUAGUAUUUUUUGUGAAACUCCUGUUGUUGGAAUAGUGAAACUAGUAUUUUUUGUGAAACUCCUGUUGUUGGAAUAACAAAAACAUGUCGUACAGCGCUGAGAAGGCGCUUGCCUAUUUGUACCCACUAAUCAUUGCCACCUCCGUCAUCUGCUGCAUUACAUCGGGCGUUGCUUGGGCACAUUGGCGCUAUGUGCUGAACGCUUGCCCGGAAACUAAUUGCGGCUGCUACUUACAUGGACGCUCCACCUACAGCAGCUUCGAAGGCGGCCAUAUAGCCUAUUGCCAUUAUGCCACAUACGGACUCAUCUUCCCGCUAGUGUUUGCCAUUGUGCUGGGCAUUUAUCAUGGAUAUCGCAUUUGUAUGGGCACAACAAAACGAAAAACGGGCACCACCACAAUUAGGCAAAGAUCUGGCGACAUGAUUGUGGUGACCGCCGAAUCAGAGUUAACACACAAUGGCAUUUCCCCAUAUUACUGGACACCCGCUGCAGUCAUCUCAUGCGUCAUGGCUGUUUAUACGUUAAUCUAUGCAUCGAUCUACACAGAUGGCUUCCGAGUUACUUGCAAACAGUAUAGCGAAGCUUUAGUCAAAGAAAUUCAGGGAGCCGGCAACAUAGUGCCUGUCAUAAAGGGUCGCCUCUCUUGUGGAGCAAUCUUCGAUUUCAUGGAUUACUUAGUGGAGAGUAUUUCAUACGAACGGCGCAAAUAUGGGCGCAUAAAUUCCGGUGUAUGCCUUUACAUGACACUCAUAUGCAGUUGGUUGGCUGUAUUCUUCUGGAUUGUUAUAUCGAUAGUGAAUAUUGUACAGACGCGACGCACCCGAUCGGCCCGAGUUUGAUAUAAUUUACACUGGUGUGGUAGUGUUUUGCAUUUCUAUAUGGGCAAUUCCAUUUAUGACAAAUUUAGGAAGCAAAAUAUGCGAACGAUUGCAAUUAGCCAUUUAAAAUUUUAAGUUCAUGAAAAAAAAAUUACAAAACUAUGUAAGCAAAAACUAUUUAAUAGAAUUUUUGUGCACAAAUAUUAAUACAUAAGAUGCAGAUUCCAUUAAAUUUAAUCCAAUUAAUUUCAAUUUUGACAUUUAAGUUACAACUUCUAAGACGACAACGACAACUAAUUUUAAGCAGAGCUCAGAAAGACGUACACGUUAUAUUUAAUGAAUAUUUAUAUACAUAUGUAAGUUAAAUUCAGCACAAAAUAUAUUUGUAAUUCAUUUUAAAUAAAAAUUAAAAUUAAAAUAAAUUUUUUUAAUUUAAA